UCCGAUAGUUGUGAAAAGCCACCACUAGUCGCCCCCAGUGCUCUUGCAGUCUCCAAUUUUUCUUUCUCACUGUAGACUUAACGUCACGUCCGCACUUGAACUUGAAUUUUAUCCCAUUGUACGGAGCCAGCUCUAGCCACAGAGAGACAGAGAGCUCGGGGGAAGCAGGACUCCGCCAUCUUCACACUCACACAGAGAAAGGGGAGAGAAAAGCGUGCAGGUCUUGAUUUAUUGAGAAAGGAGGUGGCAGCCUGUAUGCCCGGUCUCCACAGAGCCGUACAAGGGGACAGAGCACUUGGAGUUGAGGAGACUGAAAAGUACCUGGCAUUGCAUGCUCAAGGCUGCACCAAGAGAAGUGCCCAUCACUUGGCCAUACCCAAGUGCCCAAGAAGAAAAAUUGGAUUCAUAGUUUUCUAAAAUUUUAUCAUCAAUUAUUGUAAUUGUGUGUGUUUACGAUUUUUUAUUUGAGUUUUUCGUAUUUUUCUAAAAGAAGAAACGAAGUAAGGCUGAGCCAUUGACUGGACACAGUCUGGGUACCCGAGCUGUCAGCGCGCGCUGACCACCGCGUUCUGAUUCUUCUUUUUCUCUCACGAGGUGGAGGGACACUUGCCGGUGUUUGAUCUCAACUGUCAUUCACAACAACCGUCAAUCAUCCAAGGAUAUUUCCACCACGUCUGAUCUCUUUCUUUUUUCUACUUGGACAGAUCUCACUUCUCUCACACACCUUUUGCCAAUGGUGUGAGUAGCCUAAAGAGAGAAGGUGAAAUUGAAUUGAAGGUAGGCUAUAGCCAGGCUACCCACGGUCUCGUCACACACAAACACAGGGGCAGAGUGGACCGACGAGACAAAACGCAAAAGACAUUUUCGCAUCUCCAAACGAGGGGACCACUAGCCUACAGCACGACGCCCGAACAACCACCCUCCCUGUCCGGCGGCCCGAGCGCAGGAGCCUCGGUCUUGUUGAGGUCCCGUGAAAAGUUGAGUGCCGAGCAGGAGGAGGCAAUAGGAGGGAAGCGAGCCCAUCCUUCAGAGUGCUGGUCUCCGGGCAAUGCCAGUGUAAAUGCCAGGGCAAUGUCCCGUCGCAAGCAGGGGAACCCACAGCACGUGUCACAGAGAGAAUUAAUAGCACCGGCGGAGGCUGACCAUGUGGAUGGCGGACUUUCCGUGUCUGACUCCCUCACCAACCUCACCCCCACCCUCAACCUCACCCCCACCCUCACCCUCACCCUCACCUUCAACCUCACCCCCACCCCCACCCCCUGUUGUCCCACCCGGCCCUGCUGGACCCCAGCCUAUCCGACAGCCUGGCCAUGGGGCUGGGGACCACGACCUGCUCACCUGCGGCCAGUGUCAAAUGAACUUCCCCCUGGGAGACAUCCUGCUCUUCAUCGAGCACACAGAAGAAGCAGUGCCAGCCCUACUGCAAGGCCCUGGCUGCUACGACAAGAUGGCCGCCGACCGCCAGCAGCCCCUCCCCGCCUCACCAGCAGCAGCGAAACCAGGGUCGCCACGGUCACAGCCAGCUGAGGAAAGUGGUGAACCGGUGGAAAUCGGAAUCCAGGUGACACCGGAGGAGGAAGAGGAUGAGAGGCUGAUGGUGACGCCCAUCAAAGGAAUUUGCCCCAAGCAGGAGAGUGCCCUGGCAGGAGGAAGGGAUGAGCCUUCAAGCUACAUCUGCACCACGUGUAAGCAGCACUUCCCCAGCGCCUGGUUCCUUCUACAGCACGCCCAGAACACCCACGGCAUCCGCAUCUACCUGGAAUCCAACCCGUCCAGCGCAUCGCUCACCCCCCGCAUCACCAUCCCCGGGCCCCCCAUGGGCCAGGACUCCAUCCCCCAGUCUCCCCUCACCAAUUUCCUGGGAGAGAGCAACCCCUUCCACCUGCUGAGGAUGACCGGGCCCAUGCUCCGAGAGCCCCCACCAGGCUUCAUGGAGAACCGCGGAGGCCUCCCCAACACGCCUCCCUUCGUCAGCCCCCCACCCCGCCACCACCUGGACCCCCACCGGCUGGAACGCCUUAGUGCCGAAGAAAUGGGGCUCAUCUCCCAGCACCCCAGUGCCUUYGAGAGGGUGAUGCGGCURACGCCSAUGGCCAUCGARKCMCARUCCAUGGACUUCUCCAGGCGGCUCMGGSAGCUGGCRGGGARCAAYAACGUGGCCACMCCUCCUCUKUCGCCCAGCCGGGCCAACCCUAUGCACCGCCUGCUCAACCCCAACCCCUUCCAGCCCAGCCCAAAGUCGCCCUUUCUCAGCACCCCGCCCCUGCCGCCCAUGCCCCCCAACAGCACCACCCCGCCCCAGACACAGGCCAAGAGCAAGUCAUGCGAGUUCUGYGGGAAGASCUUCAAGUUCCAGAGYAACCUGGUGGUCCACCGGCGGAGCCACACCGGGGAGAAGCCCUAUAAGUGUCAGCUAUGCGACCAUGCCUGCUCCCAGGCCAGCAAGCUGAAGAGACACAUGAARACACACAUGCAYAARUCUGGYUCCAUGACAGGRMGGUCUGACGAYGGGCUYUCCACCACCAGCUCACCSGAGCCGGGCACCAGCGAMGUGACMGGAGARGGCAUGAAGAACMGAGAKGGAGACUUCAGGGGUGAGGGYGAAGAGGAGGAAGAGGARGAGGAKGAAGAGGAGMYGGAGAAYGAGAGCAGGCCRGWGUCAAACUUCAGCAUGGACAACAUGGAGUUCUACCGUAACCGUGAGAACGGCUCCAAGCCGCCRYCAGACGAGAAGAAYKCYCUCUCYCUSGGYAAGAUGGUGGAGARUGUGGGCCUGAGCACUAUACAGCAGUACAAUAACUUGAUAGUCGACAAUCGUAAAAAUSGGAUGCYCUUCUCCAAGAGGGGGUCYGACGGGCAGCGGGACACUGGGGAUGAGGACUCUGUGGUGGGAGAGAUGGAGAGGGAGCACCAUCACCAUCAGAUGGAAAGGGACCACCAGAAGCCCACGGUCAACGGCAGAAACUGUGGCUCCGGCGACUCUUUCUCAGGCCUGUUCCCCCGCAAACCCACUCCCAUCACCAGCCCCUGCUUGUCCAACUCCUCCAACAAGAGGAUCAAGAUUGAGAAGGACCUGGAAAUGCCCUCGGCGCCCCUCAUCCCCUCCGAGAACGUCUACUCCCAGUGGCUGGUGGGAUACGCCGCCUCACGACACUUCAUCAAAGACCCUUUCCUGGGCUUCACCCACUCCAGACAAUCUCCCUUCGGCACCUCCUCUGAGCACUCGUCUGAGAACGGCAGCCUGCGCUUCUCCACGCCCCCCGGGGACCUCCUGGAUGGCGGCCUGUCGGGGCGCAGCGGCACAGCAAGCGGGGGCAGCACCCCUCACCUGGGGGGCCCGGGACCUGGCCGGCCCAGCUCCAAGGAGAGCAGACGGAGCGACACCUGCGAGUACUGCGGCAAGGUGUUCAAGAACUGCAGCAACCUGACAGUGCACCGGCGCAGCCACACGGGAGAGAGGCCCUACAAGUGCGAGCUGUGCAACUACGCCUGCGCCCAGAGCUCCAAGCUCACCCGCCACAUGAAGACCCACGGGCAGAUGGUUGUAGGAUGGCUAAACCGUCGGGCUAAACUGCGCAGCUUUAUAACGAGAGAGAGCAGGGAGAUCUUAGGGGCUCCCUGUGAUGUGUAGUUGAACGCAUUCUGAGAAGUAGCAACUCUGACACACACAGAAUGCACAGCUGAGUGAGCUUUUUAGGAAAGCAAGCACCAACCUUUGCCCAAAUCACCACUCCCUGUUAUUUUGAAUAAUGUACCCCGUCCUACCCCCCUGUUCCGAUCCCCCUCAAGUUGACCUUUGACAUCCAAGUAUUUUUUUUUCUUUUUUUUCUUUUUUUAGAAUUGAGGUAAAAAUAUGUCAUUGAGAAGAAAUAGAAAAACAUGAACAGCUCUUUGCAGUUGACCCGCACUUUAUGAUUUGUCUCUUUUUUUUUUUACACAC